UAUGAGAGCUGUCAUGGCGGCGUGCUGGGCGCUUGUGAGUCGCAGUGUGUUAACUCUGCAUUAUCAUCAUGUGUGCAGAGGAGUGCUGCUUACACAAAUCAGAGAGAAGAAAAGAUGGAUGAAAGCAUACACACUCAUUAUGGAGAGGAAGAGAAAGAUGGAGGGAACUCCACCUCCAACGCCACGCUCUCAGCAGCCAAAUUUUGACUACCAUGCUGAGGUGGAGGCAUUUGGUGCCAGACUGCAGGAGAGUUUUUCUGUGGAGCUUCUGAAGACAGCGUUUGUGAACCCAUGUUAUCUGCGCUCGGAGGACGAGAGGAGACGGGUGUUGGGGGUCGACGCAGAGACGACCGCACUCAACCUGAAAGACAACGGCGAGCUGCGGGCACACGGUCAACAGUUUACUCAGGGUUUCCUUGGUAACUGGUGCAGGGCUAACUAUCCCAGUUUACCUGAGGCGGGCGUAGCAGCUAUUGUAGGUCAUCUGACAGGGUCAGAGGUUAUGUGUCACGUUGCGCAGAACCUUGCAGUGGAGGAAUUGACGAUGAGUGCAGAGUUUCCUGUUCCAGGUGUCAUCCUGCAGGGAACGUUCUUUGCUGUGAUUGGUGCUUUGGAACAGAGCAGUGGCCCUGUCAGAGCAGGGCUUUUCAUCAGGGAUUUCCUGGUGACUCACUUGAUAGGGAAAGAUUUGUUUGACAUGUGGCAAGUGGUUGAUCCCAUGGGACUGCUGGUGCAAGAGUUGACCCGUAAAGGUAUGGCUCUACCUGAGCCUCGCCUUAUCCGGUCUGCUGGUGCCAGUACCGUCCUACCACUGUAUUUCGUGGGGCUUUACAGUGACCAUAAGCUGCUGGCUCAGGGUCCCGGUGAAACAGUCUUGGCAGCCGAAGAAGAAGCAGCGCGUGUUGCUCUGAGGAACCUCUACGGCUACACAGAGAACCACAGACCGUGGGACUUCACCACCCCCAGUGAGCAACUUCAGAACCCCAGCACACAGGUUCUCACCAGCGGAUAAAUGAUAUUAUGUCCUCUCCUCCCUCAAAGGUGUUUCCCUCAUGUUUAAACCACACUGACAAAUCCAGGGGUCAAUGUUGUACCAUAUUAUUGAGAGAGAAAGGCAACUGCUUCAAGAGCAAAUUGCAGAAGGACACUUCUGAAGGACCUAGACCAAAACGUAUAUAUUUGGCAGUGUCGACCUGAUAACAAAUGCAAUUUGCCUGAAUGUGGCCGUGGAUGCACUGGAGGGUUCACAGACUGUCGACUCUUAGUACUAAACAAUUCAAAAUCCUAUACAUCUAAAUUAAGAGCAAUCUGUCUGUUCUGCAGGUGCAAGUUAAUCAAUGAAAUGUUUUUUUUUUCUGUUGUUGUAAAUUGUUUAUGUAAAUGUUAAACCUUGGUUGGUAAUGAAAAAAAGUUUCUGAACAAAAGUUGUCUACUAAAGGUUUUUUUUCCACUGCCAUUACUCAGUCCCCAUGGAUACCUGUGGUCUGCUCCUUCACACAUACAAAUUUUAAAGGGAUAGUUCACCCAAAAAUGAAAAUUAUCUCAUCAUUUACUCAGCCUCAUCCCAGAUGUGUAUGACUUUCUUUCCUCUGCAGAACACAAACGAAGAUUUUUAGAGGAAUAUCUCAGCUCUGUAGGCUCUUAUAAUCCAAGUGAAUGGUGGCCAGAACUUUGAAGGUCCAAAAAGUAAAUAAAGGCAGCAUAAAAGUAGUCCAUAAGUCUCCAGUGGUUAAAUCUGUCUUCAGAAGUGAAAAACAGAUCAAUAUUUAAGUCAGUUUUUACUAUCAGUCUCCACUUUCACAUUUUUUGUUUUUGGCGAUUCGCAUUCUUUGUGCAUAUCGCCACCUACUGGGCAGGGAGGAGAAUUUAUAGUAAAACAUUCUGGGGUGAACUAUUCCUUUAAAAUAAUAUUCCGGGUUCAAUACAAGUUAAGCUUAAUCAAUAGCAUUUGUGGCAUAAUGUUGAUUACCACAAAAAAAUAUUUUUUUUGAUCUUGUCUGUCCUUUUCUUUAAAUAAAGCAAAAAUAGAAGAUACAAUGAGGCUCAUACAAUGGAAGUGAAUGGGGACAAUUUUCAGAAGGUUUAAAGACAGAAAUGUAAAGCUUAUAAUUUUAUAAAAGCACUUACAUUAAUUCUUCUGUUAAAACUCAUGUAUUAUUUGACCUGUACAGUUGCAUAAAUCAUCAUUUUUACCGUCAUUUUAGGGUUUGUUGUCAUGAAUUCAUCAUUGCAAUGAAGUUGUUAAAUUGACUAACUUUACACAGAAAAGCUUAGUAAGUAAUUGUAUCACACUAAAAUCAUGUUAACAAGCAUAUUGUUUACAUCUUGUGGCUAUACUUUUGAAAUAGUGAGUAUUUUUAACGUUUACGGAUUGGCCCCAUUCAAACUGUAAGCGCAGAGAAAGAAAGGCAGAUCUGUGUAUAGUCACUUUUCUGAGAGAUUUGAUUUCUUAAAAAAUUACACUUGAAAGUUACAUAUGUGAUAUAGUCAGAACAAUGCCUCCAUUUAUAAUACAUAUACAGUUUUUUACCAUCUUACCACAUCUCUAACCCUAAUAAGCAAACACCUCCUGUGUGUAAUCCUCUCCAUGCAAAUAUGUUCUUAAUGUCAGCCAUCCUUAAGCAAGCACAUAAUAUAUAU